AUGCCAGACAUUGAUCCAAGCAUAGCCGUCCACAAGCUCAAUAUAGAUGAGUCCUUAAAACCCGUUCGUCAGAAGAAGAGAAAUCAUGGGGAAGCAAGAAACAAAGCCGCAGCUGAAGAAGUGCAGAAGUUGUUGGAGGCUGGGUUCAUUCGGCCAAGUCAAUAUCCAAAUUGGGUGGCAAAUGUAGUGUUGGUGCCGAAGCCCAACAAAUCUUGGAGAAUGUGUGUGGACUAUACAGAUUUAAACAAGGCUUGCCCAAAAGACAGCUUCCCUCUACCCAAGAUAGACCGGUUGGUAGAUUCAACGGCUGGCCAUGCUUUGAUGUCUUUCAUGGACGCAUACUCGGGCUUUCACCAAAUUCCUUUGUGGCCAGAUGACCAGGAAAAAACGUCAUUUGUUACUGAGCAAGGCCUAUACUGUUACAAAGUGAUGCCGUUUGGUUUAAAGAAUGCGCCAGCCACAUUUCAACGUCUAGUCACAACACUGUCUUCUCUAAUGAGGUUGACUCCAAAGAAGUGUGUUUUUGGGGUAACGGCUGGAAAGUUCUUGGGAUUCCUUAUUGAUGAAAGGGGAAUCGAGGCCAAUCUUGAUAAAGUACAGGCAGUAAUAGAUAUGACGUCGCCAAAAUCAGUCAAGGAAGUCCAACGCCUGACGGGAUGUCUAGCGGCCCUGGGGCGGUUCUUAUCAACGGCAGGUGACAAGUGUCAUUACUUCUUCGGCACAAUCAAGAAGAAGAGCAAAUUUGAAUGGACUGAGUCGGCAGAAACUGCCUUCGUCCGAUUAAAAGAACACCUCCACACCUUACCUCGGCUUGUCAGUCCUCUUCAGGGGGAAACUUUGUAUGUGUAUUUGGCCAUUUCUGAGUGGUCCUUGAGUGCUGUGUUGCUAACUGAAAGGGAGGGAGUGCAACUCCCCGUCUAUUUCGUGAGCCAUGUCCUGCAAAACGCUGAAUUAAGAUAUUCUCCAAUUGAGAAGUUUGCACUUGCGCUGUUUAUGGCCAGCAAGAAGCUGCGCCCUUACCUUCUGGCACACAAACUGGUGGUAUACACAUACCAACCUUUGAAAGAACCCCUUACUAAGCUAGACGCUGCUGGGCAAAUGCUGAAAUGGGCAAUUGAGCUGAAUGCAUUUGAUAUCUCAUAUGAGCCUCGAAAAGCUAUCAAGGGACAAGCAUUUGCAGAUUUCAUUGCAGAAAUGGCGAGGCCAACUUUUGAAAAGAAUGUGGCGACUCGCUGGACAGUCUAUGUAGAUGGCUCGUCAACCCAGAACGGGUGUGGAGCCGGCAUAAUAUGUCAAUCCCCUGAAGGAGACAAGUAUGAGUAUGCCAUGAGAUUCAAUUUCCAAACAUCCAACAACGAGGCAGAAUAUGAAGCUUUAUUAGCCGGCAUAAAAAUGUGCAAAGCUGCCGGAGCUCAAGAAAUACUUGCCUUUUCUGACUCACAGCUCAUUGUGAGUCUAGUGAAUGGGGACUAUGAGGCAAGAGACCCUAACAUGAUCAAAUAUAUGCAAGCUGUGCAUCAAGAAAUAGAACAUCUAAAGAGCUUUGAAGCUAAGCAGAUUCCCAGAACGGAGAACAAUCAGGCCGAUGCCCUGUCAAAACUAGCUAGCUCGGCUUCCUGUGAUACCCCGCGUCACGUGUUUUGGGAAGUGAAAGAUAAGCGAACUAUUGAGCAGGAAUUUUGCGCUCCUAUGGUAGCUAUUCUUGAUCGGUCGUCAACCUGGAUGGACCCUAUCAUUGCUUACAAAGUGGAAGGUUCGCUUCCGGACGACUCAAGUCUGGCCGCCAAAAUACAAAAGAAGAGUUCUUGGUUUGAAUGGUGGAAUGGAGUUUUGUACAAGAAGUCAUUUUCUAGACCCCUCCUGCGGUGUGUCACUCCUGAGAAAGGGAAAGAAAUUCUAGAUGAUUUGCACCAGGGAUUAUGUAGCUCCCACAUUGGAGGACGAGCUUUGGCAGAGAAAGCCUUGCGAACUGGUUAUUACUGGCGGAAGCAACAACAAGUGCAAGGACAAUUGCUGAACUUCGUCAUUGAUGAUUUGGUUGCGCUCAGGAGCGAACUUUCGUCGCUUCUGCUUGACGGGCUUAUGAUUGGGGUCGAUACUGAGCUUGUGAGUGAUGACGUCUGGGCUCAUGCCGGGCAUAUCUUCAUGGGACCAUGCGAAACAAUUUGCGUUGGCUUUGAGAAAAGCGACAAGUUCCGACCUGAUGUUGUCAGGAACAUCGCAUCCAAUAAAAACAACCUGGUCUGGCUUUGCGGGAUCCAGGAUGACCUCAUCGAGCUGUUCGGACUUGGGCUCGUUGUAGCUUACCGGUUCAGAACUGGACUGUAA